AUGCGUUCCAAGUUGUGUUUAGCUUUGUGUCUUUUGGUACUGACCGUGGGUGUGCCAUCCCAAGGGGCGGGAACUGAUCCAACAUCGCCAACUGAUCCAACAUCGCCAACUGAUCCAACCACUCCAACAUCUCCAACCACUCCGACUUCUCCAACAUCGCCAACCGAUCCAACUUCUUCAACACCUCCGGCUUCUCCAACAUCGCCAACUUCUCCGACUUCGCCAACCUCUCCACCCUCAUCAGCCACUCCAGCCGCCCCCACCUCACCAGAUUCUCAAACUCCGCCGACUGACGCUGCACCUGCCCCUCAAGGUGCAGCAAGCUCUCAAGCUCCUUCCUCCUCAGGCUCCACCGGAGGCAGUGGCAGUCGUCGCAGACAGAAUAGAGCUCAGAGGAGGCGUAGGCAAGAACGCCAGAGGAGGAACCGCAGGCGUCAGAACAGGAAUAGGAACCGGAACAGGAACCGCGGAAAUAGCAACAGGAACCGCGGAAAUAGCAACAGGAAUCGCGGCUAA